UCGAAAUUCCUAGUCGCUGGCUAGCCGUAUGAAUACGCGACGCUUCAACAGUGAAAAUACCUUCCGAACUGGCUGGUUUAACGCAAACGUUCACAGAAGUGGUGUGCGCAUUUGGAAUAAUGUUAAGGUUUUAAACUUGUAAUGGAAAACACAGAGGAGUUGCCGUUUCGAAUAAGCUCUACAGUCAAAGCGUUGAGCUCCGCUCUGCGCGGAGAGCCUGGGACCGUAGCCGAAGCUGGGAGUCUCUAUGGCGGAGGAAGGGGCGCGAGCGAGCCGGAAAAACUAUGGUUUAAGGAAAGCAGCGCCAAAAAUCUCCGUAACCGGGAUUUCUUGUCACCUACAACGGUGCUCACCACGCUAUUCGCAGACGGGCAGGUUCCCCCUCAUGUGAUGGACAGAGUUUUGUCUGCCGGAGGAAGUGGGGUGCUGCCCAUUGCAGGUGGUGAGGUGAUAGGCGAGGGGCUCAGGUUGCGCGUUGACCAUGCUGUUACAUUUCGGGACGUGCUGUGUGGAACGUCCAGGUAUAUACAGCCCUCCUGCAAGCAGCAGGGGGGUGUGGUGCUGAAUUGCCCGGCCUUGUACCCCAGACCCAGCCUGCUCACCCCCGACACCUUGACCUUAGGGCAGCUACGGACUGUGCUGCUGGCUGACCACCUGGGGGCGCUACUUCAGAGGCAGGGGUACUCUAUCUCCCGCUGCCCUGUCCUUCCAGAGGAUUGUGAAAUCGUAGUCUUCCUUAAGUUGCUCGGUGUGGAUUGGCCAACGGUGUCUGUCGGUUCAAACAACGUCGAGAGAGAAGAGGAGCUGUGGCAGGCCCUGCAAAAUUCCCCUUACAGAGAGGAAGAAGAGGAGGCAGAGAGAGGGAAGAGCAGGGGUGAAGAACAGGAGACUGAGACGAAUGAGAGGAGAGGGGACGGGAAGGUGGCAGUGAAGAUAAACUUGAAAAGAGUACUUGAGAAAAACAGGCUGCAAGGGUAUGACCCCAAUUUAGGCACCUACACCGUGCAGAGGGACAGUGUGUCUCAGCUGGCCCAGCUCCAGAAGGCUGUAAUGGGCUUUCAGGUCCCUGUGGCGGCCGUUGUCCAUGUCACAUCCUGCCAGGACGAGUUUCGCCAGCAGCAGAUGGCCAUGCUGUGGAGAGCUGGAGGUGCCACAUUCACACAGAAACACUUGGUGUGUGGACCAGUGAAGACACCUGGGUCUCAGCUCAGUGCCACCCAGUACAUUCAGCUGAGAAGAGUGCAGAUGAAAGAGGCAUCAGAGAUGAAGUAUGGGGCACAUGUUGAGGGACAGGCUUGGGAUGACAUCAUCAAGGUCAUGACCUCUGCAACAGUGAGGUUUGAGCUGCUGUCCACAGCCCACACAAGUCCUGUCACCCUGGAUGUGCAGAGGGAGGGAGGUGUGUCCACAAAGGGUCCAAGAGGCGGGGUCUUUGUGAUGUACAACUGCGCCCGCCUGCACACACUCUUCAACAGCUACGAGAGAGCAGUGGAGCAGGGACUUUACCCAAAAAUUCCUGAUGGAUCUCAGCUGGACUUCUCGGCCCUGAAAGAAGAGGGAGAGUGGCUUCUGCUGUUUAAUUACCUCAUUCCCUUUUCCGAACUACUGGACCAAUCGGGACAAGCACUGGAACAAGGGGGAGAAGGGGCUAGAGUUAGUCUAAGGACCGAACAGGUUUGCAGAUUUCUGGUGUCUCUCAGUAAGGAUUUCAGCUCCUACUAUAACAGAGUGCAUGUCCUUGGGGAGCCGAUGCCUCACCUUUUCAACCAGAUGUUCUGCCGGCUGCAGCUCCUGAGCGCCCUGAGAGAGCUGUACCACUAUGCCCUGGACACCCUCCACAUUCCACCAAUACCCCAGCUCUAGCCCCUCUACCUGCCUCUAAUACCCCAGUUCUAGCCCCUCUCCCUUCCUCUGAUACGCAGCUCUAGCCCCUCUACCUGCCUCUAAUACCCCUGCUGUAGCCCCUCUAACUGCCUCUAAUACCCCGGCUCUAGCCCCUCUACCUGCCUCUAAUACCCCAGCUCCUGCCCCUCUACCUGCCUCUAAUACCCCAGCUCUAGUCCUUCUAACUGCCUCUAAUACCCUGGCUCUA